AUCGCUUUCAGCAGGUUAGUUGUUCUCUCCCGGGCAGGAUAGGCUGGAGUUCUUAUCAGUAAAGUAUGUUCAGCUGGCCGAUUAACAUUUGACAGACGUGUAGGAGAACCUGUGCACUGCAUUCAGUCAAUUGCUGUGGAGUAACAUUUCUGGGAUAUGAUCUGAACAGUGAAGACCGGAUUCAUUCACUGGAUGUUUUCUGUCUGGAAAACUGUCAAGACUGCUGAGAGCAUACGGGAAACAGCGAUGGACAGGCGGAUGAUCUGCAAUGGCCUCCACUAAUGGCUUCAAGAAGGAAUUAAUAUUCUUUCACACCGGUGACCCGUGCUUGCCGCAACUUUGUCAAAACACGCUCAAGCGCCCCUGCAACACAAUCAGACAAAAAGAAACAAAUGAGUGAAAUUAGAGCGGCCUAAGGAAGCCGAGUCAAAACUGGCACAGAUGCCAGUCUUUUUUCCCCUUUAAAGUUCAGUGUUACCACAGAGGCGGUCUGCCUCAUCAUCCUCUGCCUGCUUAUUAUCUAUCAGAAUCCAUUUAAUGAGGCAUCAGAAGAAAGGCGCAACCAUGUACUUACUGCUAGUGUUUGUACUACAGGCCCUGUGGGUGAGUUGGUGUCAUGCCACACAGCAUUACCCGGCCUCAUGGGGGCACUAUGAUGUUUGUAAGUCCCAGGUUUAUGCAGAAGACCGCCUGGCCUGGCACUACAUGGCCUGCCAGCCUGAGGCCACUGAUAUGACCAAAUACCUGACUGUGUCUCUGGACCCACCCAACAUUACCUGCGGAGACCCACCUGAGAUGUACUGUGCCCUGGAAAACCCAUAUAUGUGUAAUAACGAAUGCGACGCUGAUACCGAAGAGCUGGCCCACCCGCCCGAGCUCAUGUUUGACUCUGAAGGACGAAACCCAACCACGUUCUGGCAGUCGACCUCCUGGAAGAAAUACCCCAAGCCCCUUCAGGUCAACAUCACGCUGUCCUGGAACAAAACAAUAGAACUCACAGAUGACAUUGUCCUCACCUUUGAGUCUGGCCGACCCGAGCAGUUGGUCUUGGAGAAGUCCCUGGAUUACGGUCGUACGUGGCAGCCGUAUCAGUUUUACGCAUCUGACUGUUUGGAUGCCUUUACUAUGGAGCCAAAAGCAGUACAUCAGCUGAACCCAAGCACGAUGCUAGAGAUCAUCUGCACAGAGGCCUAUUCAACGGGCUACGUGUGGAAGUACGAUAAGACUGUGCGCUUCGAGAUCAAAGACCGCUUCGCCCUUCUUGCCGGCCCGAGACUGCACAACAUGGCUUCUCUGUAUGGGCAGCUGGACACCACCAAGAACCUAAGGGAUUUCUUCACCCUCACUGACCUUCGAAUAAGACUUCUACGGCCUGCCACCGGAGCCACAAUGGUGGACGAGAACAACCUUUCUAGAUACUUCUAUGCCAUCUCAGACAUUAAAGUGCAGGGCAGGUGCAAGUGCAAUCUGCAUGCCAACAGCUGUGUUUUUGACAAAGGGAAGCUGGGGUGCGAGUGCGAGCACAAUACUACGGGGCCGGAUUGCGCACGCUGCAAGAGACACUACCAGGGCCGAGCCUGGAGCAUGGGCUCCUAUCUGCCCAUCCCCAAGGGUACUGCCAAUAUCUGUAUCCUGAAUAAUCUUGGCACCUCUGUUCGACCGAAUGCUUCUUCUCUUGGAGCAGCAAACCGAAAUCAAGCUCGAGUGUGUGACAACGUGCUCCUGCGCUGUCAGAACGGUGGCGUGUGUCACCACCACCAGCGCUGCCAGUGUCUGGCCGGUUUCGGAGGCAUACUGUGUGAGAAGGCCCAGUGCCAGGGUGACUCUUGUGAGGAUCUGCAAUCCAGCCAGCCAUCCCUCUGCCCCCCGCCCGCGGCCCAGACUCUCCCGCUGGCUCUUCUAUCUCUCAUCCCCUCCCUACUGGCCACCCGGGGCCUUACAUCACUCUGAGGGGAACGCUUUCACCCCAAAGACAUUCUCUACGGGGGCUCCAAUCAUGAGUUCCUGUUAGAGGACACAUGACGACUGAAAAUAAAUGCUGGUGGGAUAAAAAAAAUGAAACAUCUUUUUAGGAAACCGUAAAGUUUUCUACUCAGUUCUACGUCAAUUAAAGAUUGCCAGAGAUGAUGGAUAAACUGAAAAACUGCAAGAGGAAAUUUACAACAAAAAAAACAACAUAAAAAAAAAGCUGACACUAAUGACCAUCUUUGUUGAAAGAGCGCAGAAACACUGCAAUACAAUUUUUUUGGAGACAAAUCAUCAAUGUGAAGAUGAAUCAAGAUGUACUCGUAGACUGCCACCUGAAUUUAUGCACACACCAACACGACUGGUUGUCAAACUUCUCACACUUUACCUUUUCCUGACCCGCCCUCUUCUUCUUGUAACUCUGUGAAGUCAUGUAAAAGAUCCAUGAUGUAUGUCACACAUGAAUUGAUCCAGAUUAUCAUUCAGAGCUGGUGUAAGAUCAAAUAUACAGUAACAUGAGAGACAACUGUUGACAUUUUGUACUGGGAUGUUUUCAUGGCAAUGAGAAUUAGAACAAGAAGAAAGACCCAGAUCAGCAACGUGACUUUUUGCAUCGCUGCAACAACCUGUAGAAUUUGGGUUGAUCCUUUAUUGCCCUGAUGAAGUUGAAUAUUCCUGUUCAGUUGCUAAUCGUUUUUGCUUAAAACAUACGUUUACAUUCUCACCGACCGAACUGUAUGAAAGGUUUCACCAAAUGGCUUUGGUGAGAAAUCCUUUGUUGCUUGAAGCCAACUAUGUUUGUGAAUUAAAGAUG